GUUACGACUGACGAUGAAAAAUUUGGCCGAGGACAAAGGAAGAAGAAUAAACAUAUUUUUGACGAGACAGAGAAUUGACAUGAGGAAAACGCUGACGACGAUUUGGAUGUUGAAGAAGGGAAUAAUAAAGAAAAUGACAUGUAUAGUAAUGAUAAAAAAAGGAAAUUAACUAAACACUUGAAACAGAGUAUUAAUCGUCCUACUUUAAAUCCUAUGCCGAUAUAUGAUCCUGAAAAAAUAGAAAACUUACGCCAAUCUAUUACCUGCAGCACCGAAAAAAAUCUACAUUCUUCUACUUCUAAAAAUUUUGAAAUUGAACCUUUACCAUCAUGUUCAAAAAUCAACAAAUGUAGUGCUAAAGAAAGAACAGUUAAGGAAACUGUAGGUUCUGAUAAGUCGUCACCAUCUGUUACUCUGGAUCUUGAAAGUAUACCUAUUUUAGAGAUUCCAUCAAUAAAAGAUGUUAGUAAUACUCUCGAACGGAUAGAAAUAAGCUUAGACAAAAUCAGACGAGCAAAUGUUACCACCAAUUUUGAACUAAAAGCUAUAUCAAAAAGAUUAGAUAAAUUAGAAUUCCGUCAGCAUAAUACAGAACCUGUAGAAAACGAUAUGGCAAUGAUAAUCCCAUUAUUGCCAAUUAAAACAGUGGAAUCCAUAAAAGAAUUUGAAGAUUUAAUUCUAUCAAAUGAAGUUGCUGCAUCGCAGUUUAAAAAAUUACUCUUAAAAGUUGGAGGCAACACUCCACGAAUUAAUAUUCAUCGUGCUUUAGAACGAACAAUUACUAAUAUGUGCGCUGUAAAUUGUUCCUGGAGAGGCAUUCGAUCAAAUUAUAAAAUAUGCAACUUAACAUUUAUUAAGAUUAUACGUGAUGUCAUAUGUUCUGUACAUUCAGGUUUAACUGAAGCUGAAUUUGAUGUAACCUCUGCGGAAUGGUUUAGGUUUGCUAAACAACGAGCAGCGCGAGAAGAAAAGAGGAAAGAUCUAUAGAUUUUAAUUUGCUUAAACAGCUUUGAUUUAUAUAGUUAUAAGUUUAUGUGUUACAUAUUUUUUUAAAAAAAAUAUAUAAGUUAUCGGUCCACGAAGCCUCUUUUUUUAAAUUUGAUUUAAAGCGAGCAUUUUUAUCCAAGUUUAAUUGAAUUAAAUAUUUUUGUUCCAUAAAUAUUUUUAAUUAUUGUUUUUGUUUCAUAAACUUUAUGUAUGUUUUUGUACGCAUAUUGAGGCGUAUAAAUAAGAUUAUCCGGGCUGUGCAGAUUUUGCAAUAACAAUAAUGGUUAAAAUUAAAGUAUUCGUUUUGUCUGUUCUGAGUCUACUCGGAGCAAACCCAAGCUGAUCAACGCACUCUAAUAGGUUGGCGUCAUCGGAAUCAACCUAUUAGAGUGCAUUGGUCUGCUUAGGUUCGCUUCGAGUAAACCCAGAACAGACAAAACAAACAAAACUUAAGUUUGAUUUUCUCUAAAACUGAAAAUUAUAAAAUGUCCAAGUAAAAUUAAAAUGGCCUAUUGUCUAUAGUCUAUAUAAUAAUCUUACUAUAAACACUUCAAGCUUCAAAAAUUCAUAUCAAUUAAUUGAUAUUUAUAAUAAUCGUAAAAUAAUCUAUUAUUUUCGGAGCUUAAAAAGUGAAACUUAUAGUAAGAUUAUUAUAUAUGUAUAUGUAUAUCGCACAUUUAAAAAAAUUUGUAGCGACUCAAAAAAUUUCAAAAUCUAUUAUUGUAGAAUCUGAAUGUAAGCAUAAUGUAAGCACAAUGUCCACAACUUUCCUGUAAAAUUUUCAUUACAAAAUAUAUAAAAAGUAUAUUAAAAA